UCCGGUCAGGAAGAUGGCGGCCAUCUAGAACCCUGUGACUGACUGGCUACGGUACCUAGGCUCCAGAGUGGAACCUGGCUGUGUGACCGCGUGCGAGCUUUGUGUCGCUGUGAUCAAACUUCGAUCCGGCUUGCUGCAGCUCUAGGUUCGUUCUGUUUGAGGAGCUGGGGUCUGUGGAGUCCCGAGUCGGAGACUUCGCAAGAAACGUGCAUCUAUUGCGCGGUCGGCGACUUGGAUGGGCGUCUGCCUCCCACAGACCUGACCACCCGAGUCCGCGCCACGCUCUCGUGCACGAUCCAGUCACUCACGAGCUGUAGCCUCUGGCGACAGAAACCCAGACACAAGCUCGCCAAAGCCAGCAAGCAGGACCUUGGCUUCCGCUAUCCCCUCUCCAUCCAAGCACCCGGGAGCCAUGGAGGUGGCUGAGGCCAACAGCCCCACCGAGGAGGAGGAAGAAGAGGAGGAGGAAGGGGAGGAGCUGACACCCGAGCCCAGGCCUCAUACUCGCUCCAACCCUGAGGGGGCCGAGGACCGGGCUCUGGGAGCCCAGACCAAUGUGGGCAGCCGCAGCGAGGGCGAGGGUGAGGCUGCCAGUGCAGAUGAUGGAGCAGCCAGUGUCCCAGGAGCUGGGCCCAAGCCCUGGCAGGUACCAGCACCGGCACCUGAGGUCCAGAUUCGAACACCACGGGUCAACUGUCCAGAGAAGGUGAUCAUCUGUUUGGAUCUUUCAGAGGAGAUGUCUGUGCCAAAGCUGGAGUCCUUUAAUGGCUCCCGGACAAACGCCCUGAACGUGUCUCAGAAGAUGGUUGAGAUGUUUGUGCGCACGAAGCACAAGAUUGACAAGAGCCACGAGUUUGCACUGGUCGUGGUGAAUGACGACCCCGCUUGGUUAUCUGGACUGACCUCUGACCCCCGCGAGCUCUGCAGCUGCCUGUACGACCUGGAGACUGCGUCCUGCUCCACGUUCAAUCUAGAAGGUCUCUUCAGUCUCAUCCAGCAGAAGACUGAGCUGCCAGUCACAGAGAAUGUGCAGACCAUCCCGCCCCCCUACGUCGUGCGCACCAUCCUGGUCUACAGCCGCCCUCCCUGCCAGUCCCAGUUCUCCCUGACUGAGCCCAUGAAGAAGAUGCUCCAGUGUCCCUACUUCUUCUUUGACAUCGUCUGCAUCCACAAUGGCACCGAGGAGAAGGAAGACGAGAGGAGGUGGAAGGAUGUAUUCUCCUUCAUGGGCAGCCUGGACACCAAGGGCACCAGCUACAAGUAUGAGGUGGCACUGGCUGGGCCGGCCCUCGAGCUGCACAAUUGUAUGGCCAAGCUGCUGGCCCAUCCGCUUCAGAGGCCUUGCCAGACCCAUGCGAGCUAUAGCCUGCUGGAGGAUGAGGAGGCUGGUGAGGGUGAAGCCACCGUGUGACCCAUGGCUUCUGCACCGUUCAGGAGCCCGGUGCACCCACGCCCACUCCUACUGUGUCUGCUGUAAAUUCUUCCUGGGACCAGUUUGUCACCAGAAUAAAAAUCUGAGGCUUCUGA